AUGAAGGUCGCCAUCGUCGUGUUUCUUCUGGCCGUUCUGGCCAUCUCCUGGGCGUCGGCGGCGUCUGACGAGCCGAAAAUCGAUAAAUUGCAAAUCGGAAUCAAGAAACGCGCCGAGAACUGCGAGCAGAAGUCGAGAAAGGGCGAUCAGCUGCACAUGCACUACACCGGAACCCUUCUCGACGGCACCGAAUUCGACUCGAGCCGCACACGCAACCAGGAGUUCACUUUCACGCUCGGACAAGGAAUGGUAGGCGAAAAGUGCGCGAUUAUUGGCUGAAAAUCCCAAAAUGUUUGCAGGUGAUCAAGGGCUGGGACCAGGGACUGCUGAACAUGUGCGUCGGCGAGCGUCGCAUUCUGACGAUCCCGCCACACCUCGGCUACGGAGAGCGUGGAGCUCCGCCAAAGAUUCCGGCCAACGCGGUGCUCAAGUUCGACGUCGAACUCAUGAAGAUCGACCGAACCGGAGAGGAGCUGUAA